CACUGAAAGCUGCCGGACAACAAAUCACAGGUCAAAAUUAUGAGUUCUUCGUAUUAUGUGAACGCGCUUUUUAGCAAAUAUACGGCGGGGGCUUCUCUGUUCCAAAAUGCCGAGCCGACUUCUUGCUCCUUUGCGCCCAACUCGCAGAGAAGCGGCUAUGGGGCGGGGGCCGGCGCCUUCGCCUCGACCGUACCGGGCUUAUACAAUGUCAACAGCCCCCUUUACCAGAGCCCCUUUGCCUCGGGCUACGGCCUGGGCGCCGAUGCCUACGGCAACCUGCCCUGCGCCUCCUACGACCAAAACAUCCCCGGGCUCUGCAGUGACCUGGCCAAAGGCGCCUGCGACAAGGCGGACGAGGGCGCUCUGCACGGCCCGGCCGAGGCCAGUUUCCGCAUCUACCCCUGGAUGCGGUCUUCAGCAGGGAGGACCAAGCCCUCCAAGUCCCCUCAUUCGCCCUUGUGCCAUGGGGCCAUUUCAAGUCGUCGGCCGGGAAGGAACUGGGACAGAGGGUCGGAAUGCCCUAGGAAAGUCCUGGGCAUGGGGGCGCAGGCUGCUGGGGAGGGUCGCCCACUCCCUGGAAAGGCGGGGAAGCAGUCCGGCUCGCCUCUGAAUGGCAAAAGUGCAGCGUCUCCCACUUGCCCACUCUCUAUAUUUACAAUUUCCCUUUGUCGGGGGAAACAGGACAUUGUGGAAGCGUAGCCGGCUGGAAAGGGAGGUUGUAAAAUUGGGAUUCUGUGCCUUCGCUCCGUAGAGAGCAGCCUGCCUGUCUGGCACCGCACUUGGGGUCCUCCGCUAACACUCCCCUCCUCCCCAGCGCAGUUCCAGGCGUGGGGCGGAGGGGGACGUGCUCCUGGCUCCGGGAGGGGAGGAAGGUGCAGGCUCUGGGACAGCAGCCUGGCUAACGCACUGUCCUGUCGGCGUCCCUGUCUGCUUGUCUGUCUGUCCGCAUGUCCGUCUGCUCUCAGGACCCGACAGGAAGCGAGGCCGCCAGACCUACA